AUGGCCUCAUUUGACCCAGACACAGUUCGCAGACAGAGUGUUGGCAUUAUUGGUGCUGGUGCUGCUGGUCUCAUCACUGCACAUAUCCUCCUGCAGGAUGGGUUUGAGCGUGUUCAAUUACUAACUCGGGACAGGUCCGUGGGAGGUGUCUGGGAGAGACGGCGCAUAUACCCUGGCAUAGCGCUCAACAAUGUCUAUGGAGAAUUUUGUUUCUCCUCCCUUCCGAUGCCCCCUCCUCAGGAUCCGAUGCAAAAACGUCUCGGAGGAGAGGACAUGUGCGCCUACAUGGAAAAAUUCGCAGACAGCUUCUUAGCAGACCCAAGCAAAAUACGAUUUGAAACCGAAGUUUUGAAUAUACGUCGCGCCGCUGAUUCCGGCUGGGAAGUUGAAGUUGAAGACCUGCGAUCGAAAGUAAAGCAAGUUCUGGUCUAUGAUCGCAUCGUUCUUUGCACUGGAGGGUGCAGCGAACCUUCCAUUCCAGAGAGUCUGAGCCCUGACACUGCUGUCAAGGCCGGCUUCCAUGGCUUAGCAAUCCCAGACUACUCUGUCCUCGUGGUUGGAGGUGGAAAAUCUGCACAAGAGUAUGGGCCGUUCUUCACAUUGAGAUUUGUAUUUACCACUCGUAGUAUAUCCGCCUUCUUAACUCGGCUCGGGGUCAAGGUUACAGUUGUCUUCGAAAAGACCGAUGCAUUCCUGGCAUACCCCAUCGAACUACCACAAUGCCUCCGUAAGAGUCGAUUCCUUCCCAUAAUGGCAUCGCAUAGCGAGCUGCGAACGAGAUUAGGAGUAUGUGUCGGCUGGCGGUUCUUACACACAACUUGGUUAGGUGGAAAGAUUACACGUGCAUUCUGGGAUUUCUUAACUUGGUCUUCGUACAAAUCUCUCAACAUACCCGAGGAUUCGCCUUUGCGUAACAGCCACUCCCUAUUCUGGGGUAUUCGUACCAACGAGGAAGGUGCUGGAAAAAGAGAUAGUUUCCACGCUCUUUGUAAUGAGGGGAAAAUCAAGCUCGUUGCCCCUGCGAGGGUCGUGAAGUAUACAGGUGACGGAGAGUCACUGUUGCUCUCGAACGGCGCGGAAGUCAAAGCCAGCGCCGUAAUACUGGCAACGGGCUUUGGCUCAUCGUGGACGAACAUCUUUACACGAGAAACAGCUAAGGAGUUGGGUAUCGGAAGACAUCCCCCUCUUGCUGAUGCCGAGGAGUAUGUCUGGGAUUACACGUCUUUCAGAAAUCCGCCUUCUUCCAACCCACGCAGUCAAGAGUGGGUGUCGUCCAUUUACCGAGGAAUAGUUCCCUCCAGAAACAUCCAUCGUCGAGACUUUGCUAUCAAUGGAGCUUUUUUCACAACAAAUAAUGGAUAUGCUUUUGAAGUCAUGGCUCACUGGAUAUCGUCAUACUUCCUCGGAGACAAGAUGCGCCUCCCUUCUUCGCCGGAGGAGGCAACUAAACUUUCUGGGAAGAACGCUGCAUGGAUGCGGAGGCGGUUUCCUGAGAUGUUGCUAUGGGUUAACGAGAGCUACAGCAGUGAUCUUGCUUUUUGGUCGUGGCCCCAGGCCAUGGACGACCUUCUAGAAGACAUAGGGGUUCCUAUCAUGCGCAGCGGUGGAAACUGGCUAACUUGGCCGUUCAAGAUCAUCACGCCUGCUGAGAUCAAGAAUUUAAGGGAAGAACGUCGCGCUAAGCGGGAAGCGGACUUGAACGUCGUUAAUUGAAAAGGUCUCAUGGUAGUUACCUGCGAUGAUGCUGAGCUUCAAGUCUCAAGCUUAAUCUGUGGUAUGAAUGACUUUGACUAGAAUACACUCCCAUAGCCCUUCUGACUCUACUACUCACCAUGUUUGUC